AUGACCGGGCGAUCGAUGCCGCCGCCCGCGUGGCCGGCGAGCGCUACGCGUGGCGCUGUCAUUGUGCCGCCCCAGGUGGGCGAGCGAUCGCUGCGGCAGCAGACGGUGCUGGAUGAAGAGACGUAUGCUAGUGGCCUCUCGCGCAUUAUCCAGCGCGACUACUUCCCGGACCUCGCGAGGCUGCGUGCGCAGAAUGCGUACCUCAGCGCCCUCGACGAGGGCACGAUGGACGAUAUUGAAGAGACCGCACGCAGGCUCGUGCAGGAGGAGGCACGCUGCGGCGUCCUCGAAGAGAUGGUGCGCCGCUCCGAGGCGGGCGAGCCGGCGACGCCGCUCAGCAUGCCGCCUUCGACGCCCCGGGUGCUGGAGACACCACGCCCCUCGGUCGCGUCGACGCCCCGCACCGACGUGGGAGACACACCCGGGGUGCCACGCACGCCGGACGAUGUGCGGACAAGCAUGACAAUUGGGCAGUACCAGGCCGCGUACACGACCGAGGACAAUGCCUCGUUUGCGCAGCUCAUGGACGUCGCGCGCAAGCGCCGACGGCACCAGUACCAAUGGGCAUACGACGCCGCGCAAUCCGAGUCGGACAAGCGCCAGGCGCGCCUUGCUCACGCUCACGAACAGGCCGAGCAAGGCCGGCGUCUCGCGCUGCCUGCGCGCCUGGCCAUCGAAGGCCGGACGACGGAGAGCGAGAGUGAUCCGCCGCGCGAGCCGCCCAAGGCGCUGCCGUUUUCGGCACGCAGUGCACUUAUGUAUGCGCCGGACGCGAAUACAGUCGGGCCGGCGCGCCCAAGUGCCGCGCCGGCGCCAUCUGAGAAGCCGCGCGUGUUCCCUGGGCACACACGCAUGACGUGGGCGACCGAGAGCGGCGAGUCGGCCCCCUCGACGCCGAGCAGUAGCCUUAUUGAUGCUGCCGUCGCUGGGUCGCCACGUAUCCAGGGCUAUGGCUUUGUAAGUGCGGCAUCGACGCCCCGUCACGUCGAUCUGAGUGAGCAGCGCCUGGAGCAGCUCAUGACGUGGGGUCAGCUUGCUGCGACGCCUCGCCGCCUCGAUGCGACGCCGCGCUCCGAGCACACCGAUCGCAGUGAUGAGCCGCGUACGCCGUCGGCGCCUGCGCCAGCGCCUCGCGCAGCGCAGAGCGGUCGCACGGCGCGGCGGAUCGAGGAUCUGAGCCCUGCUGCGCGGCAUCUGCUGCAGCGCACGACUCGCACAGGCUCUCAACUCUACAAACCAGCUGGCACAUCAACGCCUCGAUCCGCGCGCUGGACACCGACGCCGAGUCCCACGGCGCGCCGCUAG